AUGUCCACAAACUCCCCGAAACCUAUGUCGACAUCAACGAGCCGUGCUGCUGGUCUUCCCCCUGGGCUCCAGCCGUCUCGGUCAACCAAUCAGACUCCAGUAAAUAAUGGCGAAGCUUCCAACGGUGCUCCUGCAGCAGACAUCGACAGCUUUGGCCUCAAAGGCAUUGCUCUGCUUCUAAGGAUGGACCAGACUGAAAAGAACCUGUUUGCAUAUGGACAGGACGUCCAGCUUUUAGGCUUGGACUUGAGCGACAACAGCAGCAUUUUGAAAAACAUGGCAUCUCCUUGGCAGGAAACAAGUCGUACAGAAGUGGAACCUUACUUUCUGUUGCCUGAGUCUAUCCAACAAUCGAAGAUAGUACCGCCACCGGAACCUUGCGAUACAAAGAUUCUGUCGUUUGCCGACGAAACUCUCUUUUACAUUUUCUACACCAAGCCUCGUGACACAUUGCAAGAAUACGCUGCCAGAGAAUUAGUGGCUAGAAAUUGGCGAUACCAUAGGGAUAUACAGGUAUGGCUCACAAAAGACUCCAACGUGGAGCCGGUGCUUAUCAGCCCAGAUGUGGAACGAGGCGUGUACAUCUUCUUCGACCCCCACAAUUGGGAGAAGAUACGGAAGGAGUUCGUGCUACAUUACUCCUCGGUGCAAGCCUAG